ACGUGGCCGGGGAGCGGCGAUGGCGGCGGGGAAGCCCGGGGGAGGCACCAGCACCAACCUGCUCUUCUCCUCCUCCGCCACCGACUUCAGCUUCAACGUGCCCUUCAUCCCCGUCAGCCAAACGCCGGCAGCGCCGCCCGGCCCCGCGCUGCUGCCCGCCGAUGAUUCUGCAGACGUUGGGGAAGAGGACAGCUUCUUGGGACAGACAUCAGCCAGCCCCAACCCACCUCAGACUUUCAGCUACUUCUCUCAAGUUCCCAGCAGCAGUGAUCCCUUUGGGAGUAUUGGGCAGCCACCUUUAACAACUGUUUCAACACCUGUCGGACCACCAGCCUUCUCCAGACCUCCCACUUCACUUCCACUUGUGUCUGGCUCCCAGGAUGGGCAAAAUGCCUUUCCACCACAUAUUCCCAAAUCCCAGUCUUACAGUGCACCACCCACUUCCCAGGUGGGAAUGGCACCUUACCAGUCCCCUCAGCAGAGCUGUCCUCCCCCUGCCAGCACUACCCUGCCCACGGGGACCCCACAGCAGCAGGGCUACAACCCCUACAGGCACACCACCCUGAGCAGCAGGGCCAACCCCUACCUCACCCCACCCCAGCUGCAGCAGAGCCACCCCCCUGCCACAGCAUCCCCUGUGCCACCCGUGCAGAUGUACCAGACACCCCCAGGGCCACUGACACAGUUUCCACAGUCCCAGCUCCAGCCUGCCAGGCCUGCAGGGCCCCUGGUCCCAGCCCCUCCUGUGCUGCUGCAGAACCAAUACGAGCCAGUUCAGCCCCACUGGUUCUACUGUAAGGAGGUGGAGGACAAGCAAAUAUGGAUGCCAUUCAGCAUUCUGGAUUCUGCUAAACUAGAGGAGGUCUAUAAUUCUGUCCAGCCUGACCCCGAGAGCGUGGUGCUGAGCACGGACGGCGGGCGCUACGACGUGUUCCUGUACGAGCGCCUGAGGAAAGCCGUGUACUGGGACGAGGAGCCCUCGGAGGUGAGGCGCUGCCUGUGGUUCUACAAGGGCGACAAGGACAGCCGCUUCGUCCCCUACACUGAGGACUUCAGUGACAAACUGGAGGCAGAAUAUAAAAGGGCUGUAACUACAAAUCAGUGGCAUCGGCGACUUGAAUUUCCAAAUGGGGAGACAAUUGUUAUGCAUAAUCCCAAGGUCAUAGUUCAGUUCCAGCCUUCUGCCACACCAGAUGAAUGGGGCACCACUCAAGAUGGGCAGGCAAGGCCAAGGGUAGUGAAACGUGGAAUUGAUGAUGACCAUGAUGAGGUUCCUGAUGGAGAAAUGUCCCAAAUUGACCAUUUAGUAUUUAUGGUUCAUGGCAUAGGUCCUGUAUGUGACUUGAGGUUUAGAAGCAUUGUUGAAUGUGUUGAUGAUUUUAGGACUGUUUCUCUGAAGUUGUUGCAGACUCACUUCAAGAAGUGUUUGGAGGAAGGCAAAGUGAGCAGGGUGGAAUUCCUUCCAGUUCAUUGGCACAGUUCUCUGCAUGGAGAUGCAACAGGUGUAGACAGGAACAUAAAGAAAAUCACUUUGCCGAGCAUCGGUCGCCUGAGGCACUUCACCAACGAAACGCUGCUCGACAUCCUGUUCUACAACAGCCCCACCUACUGCCAGACCAUCGUGGAUAAAGUGGGCAUGGAGAUGAACCGCCUGUACGCGCUCUUCAUGAGCCGCAACCCCGACUUCAAAGGGGGAGUCUCUGUGGCUGGCCACAGCUUAGGUUCCUUAAUUCUGUUUGACAUAUUGUCUAACCAGAAGGACUUGGCUUCAUCAGUAAAUUCUGGACCAUUUUCUGGUGUUAAUGGGAGUGUGAAGGACGUGGCUGUUCAUGAUAAGCAGAUGGCUGAAGAUACCAGUUCCUUGGGCUCCUCCAUUGCUACUUCUGCUGAUGACCUCUGUGAGCCUGAAGCAGAGGAAGAGGUUCCUACUCUGCAGAAGACUCUGGAAAUGCUCAGUUUGUCAGAGUACAUGAGCACCUUUGAAAAGGAGCGGAUUGACAUGGAGUCCCUGCUCAUGUGUACAGUUGAUGACCUGAAGGAGAUGGGAAUCCCUCUUGGACCAAGAAAGAAAAUAGCUAAUUUUGUAAAAGACAGAGCAGCCAAGCAGGUAAAGUCUGGGCAGAUGCACUCAAAGAGGAAGCUCCCAGUUGGUGCAUCCGUGUCCUCUAUGAACAUUGACUAUGAGUACUUUGAAGUUGGAACUGGCCAGGUUUCUGUGGUUUACAGUGCCCUGGACUUUGAACCAGAUAUUUUCUUUGCUCUUGGUUCCCCUAUUGGUGUGUUCCUUACUGUGAGGGGUGUGGAGAAGAUUGAUGAGAACUACAGGCUCCCUACCUGCAAGGGGUUCUUCAAUAUCUAUCACCCACUUGAUCCGGUAGCUUACAGGUUAGAACCAAUGAUCAUUGAAGACAUGGAUUUAAAACCAGUUCUCAUUCCACAUCAUAAAGGCAGAAAAAGACUUCAUCUGGAGCUGAAGGACUCUCUGUCUCGUAUGGGAUCUGAUCUGAAGCAGGGCUUUAUUAGCUCUUUGAAGAGUGCAUGGCAGACCCUUAAUGAAUUUGCACGUGCUCAUACAUCUUCAACCCAGCUGCAAGCAGAACUGGAGAAAGUAGCUAACCAAAUUAAAGAGGAGGAAGAAAAGCAGGUGGUGGAAGCUGAGAAGAUCACUGAAAGUCCAGACCCUCCAAAAGAUGAAGAUGUUUCAGUGAAGGUUGGGAUGCUGAAUGGAGGGCGUCGCAUUGAUUAUGUUCUACAAGAGAAGCCAAUAGAGAGCUUCAAUGAGUACCUGUUUGCUUUGCAGAGCCACCUGUGCUACUGGUAA